AUGCCUGAAGAAAGUUUACACGGGAAUAGAAAAGUCCAACAACGCUUGAUACAACCAACGAUGGAUGUUGAUAUAGGAUGUUAUUUUAAAGAGAAGCGCUAUGACGACAAAUUGCUUGACUUCAUCAGAUAUGACAUCAAAACACCUAAAAAGACUAAAUAUACACUACAAAGGUCUUCGGGAACAGAUGAGGAAAGUGUACGAUUACAAAGGUUUUACCAAUUAGGAAUAGAUCUGAAAUUGAAGUACUUCAAGCGGAGAUCAUUGAAGAAGCAAGGACGGAUCAAGAAUGCCACGGAGGAGUUACUGCAAUUAGCCAACGAACAAUUGAAACUUUUCAACAGAAUAGUAGAGAGAGAAACCAGUUGGAUAAUCUAUCCGCUAUGGGUAAUGGCUAAACAACUAAUUCUUCUGGCAAACGAAUCCAGGGAGCUUAAUAAAGAAUCAAUUGAAGGGUGCGGGCGUACCAUCCAUAGAAGCUUUACCAUAUGCCUCAAUGAUAGAAACCCAAGACUGAAUGAAAAUAAAAAAGUUGGAUGUUAUAUGUUUGCUAAUCUAGAGUUUUCCAUCUAUCAUCUGUUAAAGAAUAAAGAUAUGAUUAAAAACUUAGUGAAAGUCCUCGAGAGCAGAGUGAAUGCCCUGGAUAUCCCACCAUUGAAUAAAAGUCUGGCAAUGGAACACAAGUCUCAAGUAGUGUUGUAUAAUUAUUAUCUGGGUCAAUACUACGGAUGCCUGGAGAACGAUCAUGAACGCGGGUUCUUCCACUUAAAUGAAGCACUACUGCAGUGUCCAAUGCUAUAUGUGGAAUCUACGGGCAAGUUCGUCUUGCAAAGUCAAAUGGAAAAGAUAAUGAUACUAUUGAUUCCGCUUGCGCUUUUGACUAAGAGGUUGUAUCCGAACUGGGAUCAUCCGGUAAUAGUAGGUAUAAUUGCUAGGAGUAAGCGCUUGAGCCAAGUUUAUCCGGCAUUAGUGCGUAGUGUAAUCACAGGGAACUUGCCGCUAUAUGAUGCUACGGCAGCUAACCAUGAAAGAUUCUUCCUUAAGCAGGGAUUGCAUGUUGUCGUCACCCUACUUCGAGAGGUGGUUUUCACUCGAUUGGUACAGCGAUGUUGGCAGUGGGGGAAUGAUCGAAAAAGCAUCAUGCCCUUGAAGAUUCUGCUGGCAAUACAACAGCAUCAUAGCUCUGUCAAUGAGGACGAAGAAGAGCAGUUGAAUGCCCUAGAGUGUCGCCUAGCAAGUGCUAUAGCAAGUGGGCUUUUGCGUGCUUAUCUUUCUCACUCCAACCGUUGCAUCGUUUUGAGUAGGAAGGAUCCUUUUCCCCAUAGCAAAUGA